AUGGCCAGUAACAACAAAGAUGAGAUUGUAGAGUUCAAGUUGUUGCUGGAUCAGAGGUUCAAGUUGAAGGACUUGGGAUAUUUGAGAUAUUUCCUUGGACUUGAAGUUGCUAGAUCAGAUCAAGGGAUAGCUUUAUGUCAGAGGAAGUUUGUUCUUGAGGUAUUAAAUGAUGCAAGAUAUCUAGGGUGUAAGCCAACAAGGACACCAAUGGAUCAAAACAUCAAAUUGAUUAAGUAUGAGGGAGAGGAGCUUAAGGAUCCAAUUUUGUAUAGAAGAAUGAUUGGAAGAUUGUUGUAUUUGACCAUCACUAGGCUAGAUAUUACCUAUGCAGUCCAUAGGUUGAGCCAAUACAUGGCUAAGCCUAGGAAACCUCACUUAGAUGCUGUGUAUAGAAUAAUGCAAUACUUGAAGAAUGGACCAGGGAAAGGAAUUCUAUUUUCAUCAAAAUCAGAAUUACAUGUGAAGGGGUUUGCAGAUUCUGAUUGGGCUGCAUGCCCUAAUACAAGAAGGUCAAUGACUAGUUAUAGUAUAUUCAUUGGUGACUCACUAGUUUCAUGGAAAUAA